CUCACGCCCCCCCUGCUCCUCCUCCUCAUGCCCCCCCUGCUCUUCCUCCUCGCAGCCCCCCUGCUCUUCCUCUUGGUCAAUGUACUCGACCUGUUCCCUCCUCCUCUCCCCCGCUAGCCCAGGCUCCUCUUCCCCGAAAAGCAUGGCUGUGUUCUUCACGAGCCAUGGUGGGAGUCAGUAAGUGGCCACUGUUCUCUCUGCUCAGCCCUGAGGAACUAGCCACGAUCCGACAGGCCUGUGUCUUUGGAACCUCGGCUAAUGAAGCCAUCUACGUCACACAUGCAAAUGAGGUAUUUGUGUUUGGGGUGAAGUGGGGAAGCUCCCUUGGUCCAGGAGGCAGUCACAGCACCAUUGUGUCACAGAAACUCAACUGCUUGCGAGGGAAGAAGAUAAUCAGCCUCAGCUAUGGCAGCGGACCUCACAUCCUGUUGGCUGUUGAAGAUGGACAGCUGUUCGCAUGGGGCAACAAUGGCUACUGUCAGCUGGGGAAUGGGAGUACCAGCCAGGGAAGGUGCCCGGUGCUGCUCAACGGCAACCUGCGUAACAAGAAGGUGAAAGAGGUGGCGUGUGGAUCACAUCACUCCAUGGCUCUCACUCAGGACGGAGAGGUCUUCGCGUGGGGUUAUAAUAACCAUGGCCAGAUUGGUACGGGCUCCACAGCUAACCAGCCCUUCCCCAAGAAAGUCAGCAGCUGCCUGCAGGGCAAGACCGCUGUGGGCAUCACGUGUGGCCAGACCUCCUCCAUGGCUCUGGUCGACAACAGAGAGAUUUAUGGCUGGGGCAACAACAACAGUGGCCAGUUGGGAUUUGGUAGCAGUGAAAAGCAGCUGACGCCUCGCCGCCUCACUGCACUCCAGGGGCUGAACAUUCAACAGGUCGUCUCCGGUCACAGCCACUGCCUGGCGCUCACAGAUGAAGGGCAGCUGUAUGCCUGGGGAGCAAACACCUUUGGCCAAUUGGGAAAUGGCAAAAAGGGCAAAUACCACGCCCCAGUACAAAUCAUGGCCAGCAUAGGGAGGGUGGUGGAGGUCGCUGCCUGCCAUUCAACACACACUUCAGCAGCCAAGACGAACAGUGAGCAGGUGUAUAUGUGGGGUCAUUGUAGGGGUCAGUCCUUCUUUCUGCCACAACUCACCGACUUCGCCGCCACCGAUGACGUCUUUGCCUGCUUUGCCACACCCUCCGUCAUGUGGAGGCUCCUGUCAAUAGAGGACGAAGACGUCCCGACAGUUGCUGAGGCUCUGUGGAAAGAGUUCGACAGUCCCGACAUGGCCGACCUCACAUUCCGUGUUGAUGGCAAAUGCAUUCACGUUCACAGAGCUGUGCUGGAGAUCAGGUGUGAGCAUUUCCGAUCAGUGUUCCGCUCCCAGUCGUCGGAGGAUCAGCGGGAAGUGAUCGAGAUCAGACAGUUCUCUUACUCCGUCUACAGAUCCUUCCUGCAGUUUCUCUACACAGACACGGUUGAUCUUCCACUUGAUGACGCCAUCGGCCUGUUGGACCUGGCCACCUCUUACAGUGAAAGCCGUCUGAAGCGGCUGUGUGGGCAGAUCAUCAAGAAGGGAAUCACUGUUGAAAAUGCCUUCGCCCUGCUGUCAAGCGCCAUACGACAUGAGGCAGAGGACUUAGAAGAGUUUUGUUUCAGGUUCUGUGUCGGCCAUCUGACUCGGGUGACUCAGGCUGAAACUUUCUGGCAGUCGGACGGAGCAAUGCUAAAGGAGUUCAUCAGCAGAGCCAGUCGCUGCGGCGCCUUCAAGAACUGAGUGGAACUCGCACAAUUCUCCCAAAUUUGUACAAAGUUGAAACUAUAGUCUGAUCGGUUCUGAUCACGUUCCUUAAAGAAUGCUACGGCCCAGCCUCGGGACAUUGUUUGGUACAUAAGCAGCGUCAUUCACCGGAUGCUGAACGGGGAAUUUACAACUGCAUUACCCAUGGACCUGAGAUCAGCACCCGGGCCAGUUCCUGUAGAGUCACUCGACAAACUUGCGGCACCUUUUCUGACGAACUGACGUCUUGAAUUUUUCUGUAUUUGUACUUACAAUCAGUUUGUAAUCGUUGUGGUCAGGAAAAACACUAACUAUUGGACGUGUUGAACCUUUGAAUUCUUGAGUUGAGAGAGAAAGGCUGAGUCUUUUUAUCCAGAUCAAACUCUGUUAUUUUACUUGUUCAUAUUUUAUAAGUUCAGAAACAUUUAUAUAUUUUCUUUUUUUAUAUUCAGGUCCUUUUUUUUGAUAAGUUUAUUCUGACUGACUGAAGCUUUUGUUCAAUGGCACUUUAAGAAACCGCACUUAGUUUAUCCUCACGUUCAGUAAAAAUUAUAACAGCUUAAAUAGUUUGAAACCCUGCGGAAGACAGGACACUAGAAAUUUUACAAAAUUAACAGUCAAUAUGAGGCACUGUAACAUUUCUAGCAGAUUUUUCUCCUCUUAGUACAAGUGUACAAAAUGUGUCUGAGGCAGAAACGUUUAAUUCCAAAAAUAAAUCUAUAUUUCCUUGGUACCAAAUUA